AUGUUCUCUUAUAUAAGUUCUUUCUUUUUCUAUAUCGGUGCUAUCACCUUUAUUACAUAUAUUGUACCAAUUUUAUUGGCAGCUUACAAGUGGGGUCCACAAGACUUGAAAAAGAAAUACAAUGCCAAGUGGGCUUUGGUAAGUGGUGCCAGUUCUGGUAUUGGUAGAUCGGUGGCAAAGAAACUCGCUGCUCAAGGUCUCAAUGUUGUUUUGGUUGCUCUCGACGACGAUGCCCUCAAGGGUACUCACCAGUCACUCCAAAAGGAAUUCCCAAAGCAAGAGUUCCGUGCCGUCGGUGUUAACUUGGGUCGUGCCGACGCCGAAUACGACUACCUGCCAAUCAUCGACAAGGCCACCAAGGACAUCGACGUCCAGAUCCUCGUCAACAACGCCGGUUACAUCCAACUCUCUGCGUUCUUCCGUUCGCCUCUCCAGAAGCAGUUGAUCAAUCUCGAGUGCAACAUGAUGUCACACGUCAAACUCACUCACCACUUCCUCAGCAAGAUGAUCGAGAAGGGCUUGAAGGGUUGCAUCACCUACACCAGCUCGCAAUCUGCAUUCUUCCCAGCACCAAGUUGCUCGAGCUACGGAGGUGGCAAGGCAUUCUUGGCCGAGUUUGCCGCAUCGCUUGCCAUCGAGUGUCACUCGUACGGUAUCGACGUUCUCUGUUUGAUGUCCGGUCCAAUCCAAACCAACUUCUACGACAAGGCACCAAAGUUGAGCGCCUUCAAGUUCUUCCAUUCCAUUUCUGACACACCAGAUUCCGCUGCCGAUAUCAUGUUGAAUGGAGUCGGAAGAAUCACCUGGAGAGACAGCUCACUCUUUACCAUCUUCUCGCGUCUCGUCGUCAAGAUCAUCGAUAUGAAUCUCUUGAUCGCUGGUAUCGCUCGUGGACAAUCAUUAUCCUCCGAUUUUAAGAACCACCCAGAGUUACGUUAA